UGCUGCUUUUUUCCUUGUCAUUGCACGUCGCUUUCGAGUGUGAAUUUCAGGAACUUGUUGCUCUUCAGCACCACGACUACAAGGAUAGCAAAGCCACCCAUUUUCUUUUUCACUGUAUUUGCUAUAAGGGGUAAUCGUAAAUCGACAUUGGCAGUGAACACAAAAGUCCAGUUUACCAGCAUUUUCACGCGACUUAUAGGAAAAUCCAGCACGAUGAAAACCAAAACUUAUGUUGUGAUCAUCAUCAUCUUCUUCUAUAGGUUUUUUCUUCUUCUUCACACUUCUACCUCCUGGCCUACGUGAGCUUUGAACUUGAACAGUCGUUGUUUCGAUGAGUGGCGUUUCUUCGGAAAUUGGUGAGUCAACGGUUCCAUUUAUUUCUGUACCAGAACCUUGAUUAGUUUGUUCUGUAGAUUCGGGAUUUGGAGGACGUGCUCUUCCCAAGGCAGAUGUAUUGAUUCCUUGAGACUGUAAGUUCGUUAGUUGCGACUUAACAUAAAUUACGUACCCUUAAAAAUUCAGUUAAUGCUGAAUUCGGUCCUCUUACUCGGCUUCCUCUAGCCAUUCGUGUCUACUUCUAUUAUUUGGAGGAGGGUAACUCUGACCAUUAAUUAAAUUUAGAUACGCGUGGCGAACUUACCCAGAGCGAACUACUAAUGGACGUUCUGACUGAGAAAUCAGAUAUUUCGAGGGAAAUACUUGAUGAAAAUAAUUUAAGAAAAACAAUUGGUCCUUUAGAGAAUCAGAAUACCCAUGAUUCAUAUCCUUUUGAAGGUUCCAAUGCCAUAAAUGAAAAUGAGAAGGUAUCAAGUCAACAAAGUUUGCCAGGAAAGGGAAAUCAGACUUUCGUUUCCGUAGUUUUAGACAAAGGAGACAAAGGAGAAAAACAGAGAGCCAACGAAGACAUAGACUUGACUGAUUCAUCAUCACCCAUCGCCGAUAUAAUUGCUGCGAGUGAUACAGAGGAUGACAAAUUAACUCGUUCACUAGAUAUAAUAGAUAAUGAAGGUUCUGAAUUAGUCGAAAAAAAAAUACCAAAUAGGUUCGAGGAACAAUCUCUGCUUCUACAUGUUAAUGAUAAGCAGGAAUCUGUUCCCAGUCAACCAGCUACCCAAAGUCAAAGCAUGCCGCAUGAUAAUACUUUGUUAGGCGAUAGUACCCUACUUCCUGAAAGGGGACCCAAUGGCAUGAAAGAUGCUACAUCCAAGCUCGAUAUAAAUGAUCAUUUGCAAAGUUCAAAGGGCCAUGAGAGGAAAAGGAAGUUUGAAGUAGAUCCUGGCAUUAAAUUGAACGAGGGACGUGUAUUAAGAUCAAGAAAAUUUCUGUCUACUCCACUUUCAUCACCGGAGACCUCUUUUUCAUCCGAUCAUUCAGACGAGCUUAAGGAAUCUCCAAAAUCCAAUGAGUCUGAAUAUGUCGACGAAGAUGAUACGAUCGCUAGUGUAAUUGACUUAAGCGAAAGUGAUGAGGAAAAGGCUGCAGUGAAGGAUGAUUCGUCUACCGAAACAGACGAGGACACCAUUCCUCUCGCGAGCUUAAAACGGAAAGGAAAGGGACGAUCCACUUCUUCAAGAUUAUCUUCUUCCCCUUCUACUACCUCAUCUAGAACCUCUACCACUCCUGCAACUCGAAUACCGCCAUAUGAGCGGACUCAUCAUCGGUUAGUUCGAAAUCAUCCUGAACUGGAAAAUGUAUGGGAUGCCCUUGAACGUGAAGCUCCUCAGCAAGUGCAACAAAUAGAACAACCGAAGGAGUUGGUAUUGAGUCUGCUGCCAUUUCAACGAGAAGGUGUAUACUGGCUCCGACAUCAAGAAGAAUCUUCUUUUGGAGGAGGAAUUUUGGCAGAUGAAAUGGGAAUGGGUAAAACCAUUCAAACAAUUGGUCUUUUGCUUGCUACACCUAGAGGGGAACCUACCUUGGUUGUAGCGCCCGUGGUUGCUAUUAUGCAAUGGAAAGAAGAGAUUGACGUUCAUACUAAUAAAGCUUUAAGCACUUAUUUGUAUUAUGGUCAGUCUAGAAACAUUUCUUCUCAGGAUCUGUUAAAAUAUGAUGUCGUUUUGACUAGUUAUAAUGUCAUUGAAUCUGCUUACAGAAAAGAACGUUCGGGCUUCCGCCGUAAAGGAGGACUUGUUAAAGAGAAAUCUUUGCUGCAUAAUUUGCAGUUUUAUAGGAUUAUUCUAGAUGAGGCCCAUGGUAUAAAAUCCAGAACUUGUAAUACUGCAAGGGCAGUCUGCACUCUAAAAACGAAAAGACGAAUUUGCCUUUCGGGAACGCCUUUGCAAAACCGAAUUGGUGAGUUAUUUUCAUUACUUAGAUUUUUACGUGCUGAUCCGUUCGCUUUUUAUUAUUGUUUGCAAUGUGAUUGUAAGUCUCUUCAGUGGCAAUUCUCAGAUAGAAGCAAUUGCGACCAUUGCGGACAUAAACCAAUGAGCCAUACGUGUUACUUCAAUGCAGAAAUGUUGAAACCUAUACAAAAAUUUGGCAGUGAUGGACCUGGUAGAGCUGGAUUCGCGAAGGUUCAUCGAUUGUUAAACAACAUUAUGCUUCGGAGAACUAAAUUAGAAAGAGCUGAUGAUUUAGGUCUUCCUCCUCGUGUCGUAGAAGUGCGACGCGAUUUAUUCAAUGAAGAGGAAGAAGAUGUUUAUCAAUCUUUAUAUAUGGACUCCAAAAGGAAGUUUAAUACUUAUCUUGCACAAGGUGUCGUUUUGAAUAACUACGCGAACAUUUUUCAGUUGAUUACCAGGAUGCGUCAGAUGGCUGAUCAUCCCGAUUUGGUGUUAGCAGGUAAGAGAAAGACAGUGGACAUCGACACGCAAGAGAACAUAGUAUGUAGAAUAUGUGAUGAAGUUGCACAAGACGCCAUUGAGUCCAGAUGCCAUCAUACGUUUUGCCGGCUCUGUAUUUCUGAGUUCUUGAGUUCUGCGGGGGAAUCCGAAGAAGUUGCAUGUCCUGCAUGUUUCAUACCUCUAAGCAUAGACUUAAGUGCACCUUCUAUGGAAGAAUUUUCAGAGGAAAAAUUUAAGAAUGCAUCGAUUCUUAACCGUAUUGACAUGAAUAAUUGGCGUUCUUCCACCAAAAUUGAAGCGUUAGUGGAGGAAUUAUACCUACUUAGAAGGAAAGACAGGACUAUAAAGUCGAUUGUAUUUUCUCAAUUUACCUCCAUGUUAGACCUCAUUCAUUGGCGGCUUAGAAAAGCCGGGUUCAACUGCGUGAAGUUAGACGGUGGUAUGACUCCAAAAGCAAGAGCAGCUACAAUUGAAGCCUUUAGUAAAGAUAUAAACAUCACCAUAUUUCUUGUGUCUCUAAAAGCUGGUGGUGUUGCUCUAAAUCUUACUGAAGCUUCCCAAGUGUUUAUGAUGGAUCCAUGGUGGAAUGGAGCUGUGCAGUGGCAAGCCAUGGAUCGAAUUCAUCGAAUUGGACAAAAGCGACCGAUUCGUGUCACUACGCUUUGUAUUGAAAAUUCUAUUGAGAGUAAGAUUAUCGAACUUCAGGAUAAGAAGGCGCAGAUGAUCCAUGCUACGAUCGAUCAAGAUGAGAGAGCUCUUAACCAGCUUUCGGUAGAGGACAUGCAGUUUUUGUUUUCCAAUUGAGCCUGAAUUCGUAUUGAAAGUUUGUUCUUCGCAUCUUUCUAUUUUGUUGAAAUAAUGAACUUGGUUUUUAUGGUGUCUGUUCAUGGUUUGACGUGUGCAAGUCUUUCCUCUGACUUCACUCUUUAAUUUCUUCAAAAUAUAUAUAUAUUGUAUACCAUCUUUGUUUUGAUUCUUCUUGUUUAUUAUGAAGGCUUCGUACAUUUAUUAUUGCUUUAGACUUCAUUCAACAUUUUGCUAUUUAUUUCUUUAUUUAUUUAGAUGUUAAUAAUUAACUUUUUUUUUUUU